AUGCAGUGUGGUAUAAAGGCAGAGGAAUACGACCUGUCGGGAGAUUUGGCCGAAGAAUGGCACAAAAAGUGUGUUUUGCUCUGUAUUCUUAUGCUGUUAGCAUGUUUUACCCAGCCAAAACCUCAUGAUGUUCUACCAUUAUGCUCAGUGGAGAUUAGAGAUCCAAACAUUGAUGCAGUGUGGUAUAAAGGCAGAGGAAUACGACCUGUCGGGAGAUUUGGCCGAAGAAUGGCACAAAAAGGUGAAGGAUCAUAUUUUGGAAAGCACAGGUUCUGCUAUCCUGAGGUCCUGACUGUGGACUGACAACUUAAUUAUAAAUUCCAUAAACUGAUCUUCAUCUGUUUUGUGAGAACUUCUUUCAAUAUCCC